AUGGCGAAAAAACUGAUUUUUAUUCUGACGCUUCUGUUUGCCGCUUUAGGAAGAGAACUUCUCUACCCAGAGCCUCAAAAAGAUAACCCUGAUAACUGAGGCAAUCACCCUAGACCCCACAGGCCUAAAAGACGGCAUGACAAAGAUGAUCAUGACGACCAAGACGAUUCUCCACACAGGUGGAACCAUCCAAUCCAAAACAAUACCCGGCCAGUUAUAGGGAUUUUAUCCCUUCCUAUCCACCCUUAUGAGCCUUGGAACACCACUGCCAACACUUAUAUAGCAGCCUCUUACGUUAAAUUCGUCGAAAUGGGAGGUGCAAGAGUUGUCCCUCUCAGAGUCGACCAAAGUUUCGAAGAAUUAAAUUUCUUGUUUUCUAGGCUAAAUGGCAUUCUCUUCACUGGUGGAGGUGCUAAUGUGUGGACUAAUGAUUCCAUUCCUACAUGGACUCCAGAUUAUACUGAAAAAGCGUGUUAUCUUUAUAGAUUAGUCAAAGAAGCUAAUGAUAACGGAAAUUAUUACCCUCUUUGGGGCACUUGUUUAGGCUUUGAAGCAAUCCAGGUGUGUGAAAACAAUGAGUUUGAAACACUUGGAAAUUUCAAUGGAGAGCCACCUUAUACACAAAGUCAUGAUUUUACACCUAAAGCGAAAUGGAGCUAUUUAUUUAAUGGGAUUGGAAGAAAAUAUGGAGAAAUUAUAAGGAAGAUUAUGACUGAUAGAAAAACUUCAUUGCUUUCUCAUAGCCAUGGAGUAAGUCCGAGUAUGUAUCAGGGAGAGAACAAUCUUACUGCUACAUUUAAUAUGCUAACUCCCCUCCGUGAAUGAACAAAAUCAUUGGAAAAUCCCUAUUUUUGUUCAAAAACCCUCCCUCCGUGAAUGAACAAAAAAUUUUGAUAUGUAAGUGAUAAUUAGUAUAAUGAAAUCUCUAGCUAAUUCUGUUUAAUUAUAACAGCUUGCAUUUCAAAAUAUAAAUUUUACAAAUUCAAUAAAUAUUUGCUCUCCAGAUUUUGCGAAUCGGAAUUUUUUUUAAAAAAAAAUUAACUUUUUGUUUGAUCACGGAGGGGAGAAAUAAGCACAAUGCUUGAUAAAAGUGGAAACAGGUUUGUUGGAAUUAUUGAGGGGAAGAAGUAUCCAAUUUUUGCCACCCAGUUUCACCCUGAAAAAAAUAUUUAUGAAUGGGACCCACAGGUGCCUCAGCCUCAUGAUUUUUACUCAGUUAAAGUUUCAACAUACUUUGCUGACUUUUUAGUAUCUGAAGCAAGAAGGAAUAAUAACAGCUUUGAAAGUGAGGAAGAGUUGAAGCCUUAUUUAAUCUACAAUUGGUGGCCAAUAUAUCAGAAUGGCUAUUUCACUCAAUCCUAUUAUUUUCAAUAA